AUGGAUCAAUUGCAACAAAAUCUUCGAAGAUGUUUGGAUGGGAAGAGAUUCAUACUUGUCUUAGAUGAUGUGUGGAGUGAAAAUUGCGAGUGGAUUGAGUUGGAAGACUUGUUAAUGGGUGGUGAAAAGGGAAGCAAAAUUAUAGUGACUACGCGAAGUGAAAAGGUUGCAUUGAUAAUGGGAGUCACUUCUCUGUACCACUUGAAAGGUUUGUCUGAAGAUGAUUCUUGGUCAUUGUUUAAGCAGCUAGCCUUUAGAAGAAGACAAUUAGCUGAAAACCCAAGCCUAGUAACAAUUGGGAAGGAAAUCUUGAAAAACUGUGCAGGAGUCCCUCUAGCCAUAAGGACAGUCAGAAACCUCUUGUACCUAAAAGACACAGAAAUUGAGUGGUUGAUUGUGAAAGAAAAGCUUUGGGAAAUAGAUCAAGAUGAAAACCAUAUUUUACCAACGUUGAAGGUUAGUUAUGACUACUUGGCUUCCCAUUUAAAGCCAUGUUUUGCCUAUUGCUCCCUUUUCCCCAAAAGCUGCCACAUAGAGAAGGAGACAUUGAUUAAAUUGUGGAUGGCUCAAUGGUUCGUUCACUCAUCAGGCAAAGACCAUGAUUUUGAGGAUAUUGCCGAUGAAUAUUUCAAGGAUUUGUUGUUUAGGUCCUUCUUUCGAGAUGUAGAUGAAGAUGAAAAUGGGUAUAAAAGUUUCAAAAUGCAUGAUCUCAUCCAUGAUCUUGCACAAUUAGUGGCGGGGACGGAGUAUUUUCUUGUGAAUACUAGUGUAGAAAAUAUGUCUGAAAGAACAUAUCAUGUGGCAUUUGAUUCCACUUCAUGUUCGUCAUCAUCGUGGGAAGUUCCAGCAUCCAUGCUCAAUGCAAGGAAGAUUCGCACAUUCUUUUUGCCUGGUAAACAAGGUCCAGGAAAGAGAGCAACUCAAGAUGCACUAAUUUCAAGUUUUACAUGCUUGCGUACAUUGGACUUGCAUUAUUCAGGAAUUGAGAAUGUUCCCAGUUUUGUAGGCAAACUUAAGAAUCUAAGAUAUCUAGAUCUCUCUAGGAAUUGGCUACACUUCCAAAAUCUAUAUGCAAGCUGCAGAACUUGCAGACACUUAAACUCUCCAAUUGUUAUGAGUUAA